AUGACAGAAUCAGUUAAUCUUAACAAAUCUCUUCUACGAGAGUUUUUGUCUUCUCUUUCUGUUGUAAAUGCAGGACAAGUACUUGGACUUACUUGCACAAUUCAGGGACGUACACUUUCUAUCACUGAGAAUACCCUGAACACUGCACUCCAGCUACCUACAGAAAAUUUUGAAGCUGUUCCUGACAGAGCUGAACGAGUUAAUUUUUUCUAUGCUAUCCACUGUCAGAGGGAGCCAAAUGGUGAUCUUCCAGCGAAGAUGUAUGUCAAGCACCUGCCUAGGGAAUGGAAUUUCUUCUUUAAUUCCAUCUCCUAUGUGUUUGCCCCUAAAACUGGAGGAUUCCAUGGGAUUACCAACUUCAAUCAGGAGAUUGGGAUUGCCAUUGCUCAAAACUCAAGAAUCAAUCUGGGACAUCUGAUUAUGGGAGCUUUUCAGGACUCUCUGAGGAAGAACAGACAUGUACUUCUAUAUCCUCGUUUCUUCCAGAUCGUGCUGAAUCAGAUGUUGACACCUGCUGAACGUGCUGUCUAUCCAAAUAUAGACAAUGUCAUCUGUUCCUUCAUGACUACAAGGGUGAUAUCAAUGCUGGAGAAUCAUCAAGGAUACACCAACAAUGAACCAGUGGUGAUCACUGAGGCCAUGCAAGCUUUUCUGAAUCAAAAUGUACCUCCACCACCAAUUCAACCUGUUGUUGCCCCUGUUGUUGCUGAAGAAGUCCCUGAAGAACAUGAUGAACCAAUUCCUGAGCCACUCAUCCAAGAAAAUGUUCCUGAGGCUCAAAAUAUUCCUGUAGAGGAAGAAGUGAUUGUGGAAGAUGCUGCAGAUGUCUCCUCUGAAACUAAUGAUCAAUCUGAUGGAGAGGAUUCACUACAGGACAACUCUACUGAUUCUGAGGAUGAAGCAAAUAGUCCUGUACAAUCCACUGUAGCUGCACCAACUGAUGAUGUGAUGGUGGACAUUGAUGAACUCUUCACCAACACAUACAAUCCCCUGCAUCCAUCAGGUAUACCUUCUGACUCUGACAAUUUGUCAUUUAGUGCACCUGAUGAUUGGGUCCAGAAUUUACUGGAUCUUAAUCCACUCACUCCACUUCCUCCACGUGCCAAUCAUUCUAUUAACAAGGGCAGAGGACCAUAUAUUUACCGGUUGAAUGGUCAAAAUCACCACGUUUUUGGUUCUUUGAUACCAGAUGAUGGCGACACACCAAAAUUCUGUCAACUUUACAUAUAUGAUACCGGAAAUGAGGUCAACAACAGAAUGCGUUGGGUUAAUGUUGCUGAUGGUCAAGUUGUAGAUGCAGAGGUUGUUGAAGGCCUCAUGCGAAUGUUGGAUGAACAAAAUGAAUUAGUCAAGAAAUUUAGAAUGGCACGUGAUCGAUGGGAGAGUAAUGAUAUAGUCGACUUGAAGGUUGAACUGAAGGUCUAUCGAGCAGAGUCAGGUCGGGUGAAUCAUAUUUCUCCCUCUGACGAAGUUGCUGGAAUUAUGGUUGGUUCCACUUCUAAUACGACUCCUGAUCGGGAUAUUAUAAUUGAGCCCAAGAUGGGUAAGCUGGAACGUGUAUCGUAUAUUCAUCCGAAGUUUAUGGCCCUCCAAUAUCCUCUUUUGUUCCCCAACGGUGAAGAUGGUUACCAUCACAAAAUUCUUUUUAAGAGUGCAGAUCCUGAUAAUCCAAGUGACCGUGAUUACUUAUCAAUGAAGGAUUACUAUGCCUACAGAUUUCAGAUUCGACAGAAUGAAGAUAUUACUCCUAGGUUAGGUGGUUGGCUUUUUCACCAACACAUUGUUGAUGCGUUCUCCUCCAUUGAGCAGACAAGGUUAUGGUGGUUUAGAAAAAAUCAGACCAUAAUAAGGAAUGAGCUUUAUAGCCAUAUAUGUGAUUCUGUACGCAAGGGAGAUUCUAAUUCAGCUGAGGUUGGAAAAGGUGUAAUUUUACCUUCUGGAUUUGUUGGUUCGAAGAGUUACAUGCAGCAGAAUUUCCAAGAUGCUUUGGCGGUUUGUAGACAUGUUGGGCAUCCAGAUGUGUUCCUAACGAUGACUUCGAAUCCUUUAUGGGAUGAAAUUCAAAAGAUGAUGCAAUUUGUUCCUGAUUGCGAGACAGAGAACUCACCAGAUAUUAUAUCACGAGUUUUCCGUUUGAAACUUGAUCAACUAACAAACGACAUCAAGAAGAACGGCCAUUUCGGUGUUUGUGUAGGAGUGAUGUACGUGGUUGAAUUCCAGAAGAGGGGUCUACCACAUGUUCACAUGCUUAUAUGGCUUGACAGCGCCUCGAAGAUAUAUCUUAAGAAUAAUGUGGAUAAAUUUGUUUCAGCAGAGAUACCGGAUCCUCUUAAAGAUCCAGUUGGCUACGCAGCAGUGAAGGCCUUUAUGAUCCAUGGCCCCUGUGGCCUUCAAAAUCCUAAAUCUCCUUGCAUGAAAGACAUGAAAUGUAUCCGCCAUUUUCUCAAAAAGUACUGCCCAAGAACAAUGUUUGAUGAUAGUGGUUUCCCACUAUAUAGACGGCGCAGACAAAACAUCACUGUGAAGGUGCGCAAUGCAGAGUUGGACAACCAGUGGGUGGUGCCUUAUAAUAGAGAUGUAUUAGUUAAGUACCAAUGCCAUAUGAAUAUUGAAAUAUGUUGCCAUGCUCGAAGCAUUAAAUAUUUAUUUAAAUAUUGCUUGAAAGGCCACGACACGGCUACUGUUCAUGUGACUGGCAAGAAGCGUAGGACAUCCAAUUUAAAUCCUGAUGAGCCUGUAGAUGAAAUUCAGGCUUACUUUGAUGGAAGAUACAUUUGUGGCGCCGAGUCUGCUUAUAGGAUUUUUGGGUUCCCUAUUCACCAUCGCACUAUCUCUGUUGAGCGAUUGCCCUUUCAUUUGCCAGGGCUGAAAAACUGUACAUUUCAUUCUAACCAGCCCCUUGAAAAAGUUGCAGAGAAGGAGAAGGACAAGCUAAGAAAGCUAGAAGCUUUUUUCCUAUUAUGUGCUUCUGAUCCUAUUGCCAGAAAAUACACAUACCAGCAAAUCCCAGAGCACUAUGUUUGGAAUGAUGGACAACGAAGAUGGAAUCCAAGAAAGAGAGGCUUUCAAAUUGGUCGUUUAUCAUAUACACAUCAUAGUGCUGGUGAAGUAUGGUUCAUGCGUUUGCUACUGACAAAAGUAUGCGGUCCAACAUCAUUCAGAAGUCUCAGAACAGUCAAUGGCGUAUGUCAUGCCACUUUUCGCGAUGCCUGCAAGGAUUAUGGUUUGCUUGAUGAUGAUAAAGAAUGGCAUGAGGUUAUAGAGCAAUGUGCAAAUGGAGGUUUACCACCACAAAUCAGACAACUCUUUGUGCAUAUAAUUGUCAAUUGCAAAGUCACGGAUUUGUUUAAUUUAUGGAAUUCUCAUUGGAAGCACAUGGUUGAAGACAUUUUAUUACAGCGUCGUCAAAUGGCUAAGGAUGAGACCCUCUUGCUUAAUGACAAGCAGCUGCAAUUCUAUGCACUUGCAGGUGAUCCUGAUAACCUAAUUCUGCCAUUCACCAAAGAGAUCAUGGCUGCAAGGAUCUCAAGGAAGUUUAAGCUUCCAACCAUCAAAGCUUAUGAUGGAACGGGUGAUCCGCAACUCAUGUACGGACGUUUAUGA